AUGGAUUCUCAUGACGACCUUGACCUGUCCCAGUGGACAUGGACUCUCGGAGUCCACUGGUGGAAGCGCAUUCGACGCGCUUCACGCUUCGCAUGCUGGGGCACCGAGCCGCAAAAGAGAGGCUGUUGCCAGGCUCGCGAUGAGUACCUAAAGCACAAGAGCAAGGAGCAGCAACUCCUGAAGCUGAAGGAGCUUCUCGAGAAGGCUGCCUUCCUGCGUAGCGAGGCAGAGGUGCAGUCUCAACUGGAGACGGGUUCAGUGGUUUGUAUCGACACUGUGAAAGACUCCCUGAGAAGGGGCGUCUGGGUGCCACCCAGGGAGCUCCGUCCAAGUCUCUUCAAGAUGCUGCAGCGCCGCCCUGGUGUCAAGGGGAUGGAGCGGCUUCAGACCAUGAAGAGGAGAUCAGCCGAGGUCUUCUUCGACGGCAAGGGAGGAAUCCUCAAAAACCUGGAUGCAGCACUGGACACUGUCGUGGAAUCCCUUGGCCGAAACGGCUGGGUGGCGUGUGAGUUGGGAGCUCAUCAAAGCCUGAUGGCAAGAGCCUUAGAGGAGGCGAAAUCUCUGAAACCUCGCAUGUCCCGUGGCACCACGGUGAUACAGAACGAGAUCAUCGACCCGACGACACCAAAUGCAGACAGGGAGGACAGGGUUCUUUUCCUGCAAGAACAGGGACUCAGUGGUCCCGGUGCAGCCAAGGGCCCUGCGCCAACACUGGCCUUGCUUGAAAGUGCCAUCAUCGACAUUGUCAUGCAUCUAGAUCCCCGGCUGCAGAGAAGUGGGCUUCAGCUGCGAAUCACCGAGCGGUGUGAUGGAAUGCUCUCGAAUUACGAGAAAGGUGGUGCUUACAGUGCACACAUUGACAAUGCGGAUGGUGAUGGACGCGUUGAUGGGCGAGUGCUGACUGCAGUCUUGUAUCUCAACGUGGGAUGGGACAGGUACGCCGGUGGUGAACUUGCUAUAUUUCAGCCAGAUCACGGAGACAUUGGCGAUGCAAAUUGUAAUGGCAAGUGGAACAUGAUCUACCCGGAAGCAGGUACCCUGGUCUUCCUCCGCGCCGAUCAUGUGCUGCACGAAGUCAGAGGAGCCCACGCAGAGCGCUACGCGCUGAGCGUGUGGUUUUGCGGGCAGCAUGCCGACUAUGGCGGCUCUUAG